AAGAGCACAGUCUUUAAAGCCUUUAAAGGGAGAUGACGUCAUGAUUAUUUACAUUGCUCGAAGCUGAGGAGCAGUUCAGAGUAUCAUGGAGAGACAAAUUAGUUCAGAAGACUGGGUAGCUAUCCAACCGGAUCCAUUCCAAACCUCUGAAGCUAAAACGUCACAUCUCCGUUUCAAGGUAGCAUGGAACGAACAGCUUCACAAGGUUGCCAUUGUCUGCCAUGAAGAGGAGCAACGGGUGAUACGAAGAACCCUCAAUGUUGGAGCUCCAGGGAAAAAAACAUGUACUCCUCAACCUGGUGACCCCAAGGGUAGACCUUCGCAGAAUGGAACCAAAGAAGGUUGGACAACCCUCAUGUCCAUUCAAGAAUUGCAGUAUGCCCAUGAACAGAUGUGCCUUGUUAAACCUGAGCUUUCUGACUAUCCUCCAUCUUUACCCUUUGACCCCCGUGGCAUCUGGAGCUGGGUGUACAACAUUGAGAUUCCUGAUGACUUUGACCAACAGCUGGUGAGAUACCUUGGAACCGCAGCUGAAGUCGCCGGGAAGAAACUUGUGAUCGAUACCCUCUUCAACUCUCAUGUUGGUAUCGAGGGCUAUGUGGAGAGCUAUGGUAAAUUGAAGCAAGAUGCUUAUGAAGCUGACGUCGCCAAGUGGGAGGAGCAGCUUGCAGCAUCUCACAAGAAGCACUCUUCAAUUAAGAAAAUGAAGGACAUGAUGGAUAUCUACGAGAAGGAGGAUGGGAUUCUAAGUGAUCUUGCAUCAGCUCAGGCUGAACUGUUCAAUCUCUACCUCCAACCUUAUCUAGACCUUAGGGAACUAGCUUUUGAUCAUUUACUGAAUUUACAAGAGAGACUGGAGGACGAGUCUAUGAGUACGCAGGGAAGGGAGAGAUGUACCAUGGAGUACAGUGAAUGGCAGGAGCACUAUGUGGAAUCGAUUGAUGCCAUCAACAAGCUGAGGAUAAACUAUUUUGAAGAGUGUAUGAAAACGACAAAAGCUGGCGUCACUCAGAUGAAAAUGGACAGUAAGAAAUUUGGCAAAGCAUCAUGGGAGAUGGGAGGAGAGGAGCGUCUAGCCAGCCUACAGCAGACUCUCUCACAAGACUCGCUACAGCUUCUUCAAGCAAAAAGAGAUAAAUACAAGCAUGAACUGGGCAAGAUUAAACAAGAUCUGGCAUGUUUAGAUGAAGGUGCAGGAUUUCAACAGGAGUUUGAAAGGUUACAAAGAAAAGCAUUUGAUCUUCAGAUGAAACUCUUUGAUACACAGCUUAGUAUUCUACAAGAUCAGGAAUCUCAAUGCAGCAGACAACUCAAACAACUCCAAACAGAAAUCCAGGAAGCGGAGGAUAACGUGAUGUUCUAUGAUGCUGUUGAGAACAUGGAGGACCUGGAAUUAGAUAUUGAUGCGGAGGAGGAGGGGCCAAUCAGAGAGGAGGAGAGUAGGACUUUGGAAGAGAAGUAUGCAAGGUCAAAGGUUUUAAGAGCAAGGCUUGCACGUAUCAACAAGAGGAAAGCUCAACUUAGAAAUAACAGGCAAAUUUGUAAGAACCAAAACAGUGAAAAAAGUGCCAGUAUUAGGAAGAAAGAGGAAGACUUUGAGAUUCAUCAUAAGAUCCAAAUGAAACGUGAUCAACAUGCAGCAAGUGAACAGAAGAAAAAAGAUUUCUUCAAUACUGAGAGACAGAAGACACUAGAAAGAUUAAAGAAUUAUAAUAUGAAAUACCCAAGUCCAAAGAUGAUCAAGCCCCACCAAUUCAAUAAAAAUAAAGAGGACAAAACCAAACCUAGAAGUAAAUCAUCAGUUUCUACAGAUUCCAGAAUUUCAAAAUCCAAACUUGGUUCACGAGUGAAGUCAUCCAAGCCGAGCUCCUCACCCACUGCUGCAAAGAACUCCCGAUCAAAGUCACCAGGAUCUUCCAAAUAUACGCCCCCGCCUCCUCCUUGCCCCCCUCCUGCCGGUCCACCAGUGAAUGCUCCACCACCACCACCGCCUCCUCCACCACCACCACCACCUGUUGCUCCUGUCCCACCCCCACCACCACCACCACCACCACCCCCAGGCUCACAGCUGGGUGUGGCAUCCAAGACAGGUGUUAAAGGGAGAUCACCGGAUGGUGUGAAGGUAAAGAGAGAAGCCGAGACUGCUCCUUCAUCCGGUAUUGAUUUAGGAAGCAUCCUUACAGCAAGACAGAGACUUCAAAAGAGAACAGAUACUGACGGAGGUGCUACACAUAAACCAAAUAAAGAUCCCAUGAUGGAUACAUUAAAUCUGAUUCGUCAGGGUGUGAAGCUUCGACAGGUCAAGGGUGAUGGUCAGUCUCAGAAACAGACCGACUGGGAGAAUUCUGAACUCUUCAAUGCAAUCAGUAAACUUAGAUCUCAAGUGGAAACCAUUGACACAUGUGACUCAGAUGAUGACUUUCUUUAGGAGAAGGCUUGCUAUAUUAUCUUACAGACCUGCCAACCAGUAUGUUUUUGGCGUAUUUAUUACAUUUUUUUUUUUUUCUUUACAAAAUCGUAAUUUAUUGAGAAAAAUCAUCUCUUUAUGUCUCUAUGUCAUAAAACUUACACAAAUAUUGUUAUUAGAUCAACGUAAGUUCAGGUAACUUGUUUUUUCUAAUCAUUUUGUUAAAACCAGGGUGAGAUAUACACAUGUAUAGUAUAUAGAUAUACACAGGUUGACAGGUCUGAUCUUGGUAUUUCAUAAGCUGUUGGUAAGUUAAGCGACUUUACGAAAGACUUGUGAAUCUUUCCUAGGAGCGACAAAAAAUUGGUCCACAUAUAUGAUACUCAGAAAGGAUCACCAGUUGUUUGUAAAGUUGCUUGUAAACACUCGCUAGGUAGAAGGAAUUCCUUGAAUGCUUGAUUGCCUGAUCAGGGGAGCCAUUCGGCCUACAAAUGCUGAUGAUUAAUGUCAUUAGUAUUGUCCAUUUACAAGGUAUUGGCAGAAAGCUGAUAUGCUCAGAAACAUACUUAAGGGCCCUCUAAUCUCCAUUUUAACUUUAACCGUAAUCUAAAGUUGUACUAUGGUUAGACAUGAUUAGCCGUGGGGGGGGGGGUGCGUUGAGGUCUAGUGGGUAAGACUCUGGUCUUUCACACUAAGGGACGUGGGUUCGAUUCCUAACCGGAAUAGGUAGAUUAGCUUAGCCGGGGUAAUAUAGGAGCACCUUGAGCACCUAACAAGGUGGAUUCAUGCACUAUACAAAUCCUAUACCAUUUGUAGCCAAAUUUGAUGCAUCCCUAU